AGCUUCUCGGCGAAUGUUUCAAGAUGGCGGCUGCGGCAAGGGCCUUCGUACUUGCGAGCGUCUGGUCGAUGCAGUUCGUGUGCCUAUCGGCUUUCCUCAACAUCGAAGAGCUCAACGAGAUGAAAUACGGAAUCGAGAUCCUCUCGGAUCCUAUCAUUAAAGGACAGACUCCAUCCGACGAUGUUGUCCUAGUAUCUUCUAAAUACAAGCAGAUGUAUGAGUGCAGGCUACCAGCUCAAGCCCUGAAAUUUCAGCAAGAAGCUGAAGAUGAGACGCAAUCCUACUCUGGGCUAGGGAUCUCUGAGCUAUUGAAGCCGAUGCAUGCAGCACCUUGUCUUGUAAAGACCAAAGACUGGUGGACAUAUGAAUUUUGUUAUGGCCAACAUAUCAAGCAAUAUCACACAGAAGAUUCUGAAGUUAAAGGAGAUGUGAUGUAUCUUGGGUUUUAUGAAUCUGAAUUUGACUGGAACAAUGAAACUGCCAAGGCUUCAAAGCAGCAUAAGUUGAAAAGAUACCAUAGUCAGACUUAUGUAAAUGGAUCCAAAUGUGACCUCAAUGAAAAGCCAAGGGAGGCUGAAGUAAGGUUUAUGUGCGAAGAAGGAUCUGGGGAUUACAUAGCUCGAGUGGAUGAACCUCAGUCAUGUAAUUACGUGCUAACCAUACACACCACUCGGAUUUGCCAUCACCCUUACUUGCGCCCUGCUGUUGUUUCCAAGCCUCAACCAAUUAAAUGCCAACCUGCCCUCAGCCCAGAACAGUACGUAGAGUAUGUCAAGGCCCAAGUCACUGAUACCAAACGCAAAGUAGAAAAAAUCUCUGAGGAGUUGAAAACCUUGGAUGAAAUGUUGUUGAAAGACCAAAAUGCACAGACUGAUGAAGAGAAAGACCUGACUCAGGAAUCUGAAAACCAAACUGAGGAGCUUUCAGACACUGGUGAGAAUGUAUUGGAAUUGGAAGGAAUUGAAACCUUAAAUUCGCAGGAGGUAACUGAAGACGAGGAUAAUGGUGAGAAAUUCUGGGACAAAAUCAGCAAACCAGUGAGUGAGGAGGGUCCCCUUUCAGAAGAGAAGCUAGAAGAGGCUGACUCUAAAUUGAGUGAUGCAUUUAAAACUGGGGAUGACAACCUUCAAGAUGACCAAGGCAAACAGGAAGUCCAGUUCAGAAUAACCCGGAACCCAGAGGAUCUGCUAAAGUUGAUUCGAGAAUUAAAAGACCAGACUGCAAAGCGGAAAGGUGAUGAGGAUAAGGAUCCGGCUAUGGAUACCUCUGCAAGAUCUUCUGACGAAACCACUGACCAAGACUUAUCAGCAAAACAAGAGGAGAUGAUUGAUAGUGAAGAAAAUGAGCUCAUUAAAGACUUUGAAAAGGAACUUGAAGACGUGUCCCUACCUAAAUCAAAGAUGUCUGAAAUUAAAAGAGAAGUGAAGGAAGAAAUGGAAAAAGAAUUUGAAAAUCUAAUUGAUGAAGCACAAGAUGAGCUUGAAGCAGAGGGUCUCAAAGGGGAAUUUGAUCGCAAUCAAGCCUCCAAGACCUUGGCCACGACCCUAAAUAAACUCAUCGACAAACUUGAAGAAAAGGAAGUUGCACAUGGUGAAAAGGAUAGUGACACAUCAAAGGGAAGUCCCAGUCCUGCUUCCAAACAGACAGAUGAAACUGAUGAAGAUACUGAGGGACACGUUAAAGUUCGAGUCACAAAAAUCAACCCAGGCAGUCCACUCCAUAAAGAAAUGAAAGUGCGUGAAAUGAGUGGCACAGACCCCCAGCUCAGGCAGAUUCAGAAUGUGGUGAAAGAGCAGCUGGAGAAAGCAGGAUUGAAAGCAGAAGGUAAAAUUGAAGUGAAGAUUGUAACAACCAGAUCACUUGGCGAUGAUGAUGACAUGCAUUGGCUAUCGGAAGAAGAUACUAAAUCCUUCCGAGAGCUUCUCAUCAACUUACUGACUGGUGGUACUGAAGAAGUUUACAAAGAACAGCAGAGACAGCAACAGCUGGAAGAUAACUACCGUUUUGUGUGGGGGGAAAGCCAAGAAGAAGCACAGUCAUCAAGCAGCACAGAUUCCGAUGAUAUGGACUUCUAGGGAUACGUAACUUAGUAUAAAGCAAAUACAUCUUCGGGUGUUAGCGCACGAACCAGUCAAUUUGCACUUUGCCAUGUGUAAUGGCACGUUUUGUGAUCACCGAUCACUAGAUAAUAAACAAACCUGCAGACGAACAGUCAGAAAUGUGCAUUUUUAUUGAUCGGCUAAAGUGGAAUUUUACGUUUGUCUGCUGCAGUCAUCUUUUUGUGGUGGAACUGGUACAGAUGAGUAGUGCUACAAACAUAUGAAUGUAUAUCUUGGUAAUGAAUCUAAUCAGCAAAACACUGAGGCAGGCAUUCAUUCUCCUUGGCCAACAGACAAUUAGAAGUAAGGAGAGGCCAUUAAUGUGAAGAGUGAGCAAUGAAUGUAAUAUUUUUGUCCCAAAAUGGAAUUUCUAUUUUAAGUCGAAAGUAGAUAGCUGAAAAAAACUGUCAGGCAGCUGAGCAACCUGGUGGCAGAGAUCAGAGUGCUUAUUACAUCAGUACAGUGUUAGAGUCCUGGACAGUCCAACUUCGGAUAAAGCCAACAGCUCCAGUCUUUAGAUGCCAUCGCUAGCUUCCAGUGAAGUACUUGUUUCCUGAUGGUAACAUUCUGCCAAGUUGCAAAGCCAGACACCAGAAAUAAUUGUCUCCUUUUUGGUUUUACAUUUCUAAACCCGUGACCUGGAUUACCUAGUCGCCAUCUUGGAGAUGGUGCCGUGCUGCUGAGAUGAGCAGAGCCAACAUUAUCCAUCCUUUUAUUGAUCAGAUAUUGUGGCUGUCAGAUAAGUCUCUGGCAGCUAGCCUGUCAUUUUUAUUGAAGUUCUGUGUAUAUGUUUGUCUCCUAAUAAUUUUCUUUUUGUGCUAACUGCUUUGUAAAUCUUAAAAAAAACCUUUGAGCUUUGUGAAUAAUGCAGCAGUUUGCCAUACUUAGACCAAGUCGGUAUCUACUUCCACCAAUUCUGGAAAAUAUUUGGGCAACACUGUGAUUGCAUAAUGGUUAAACACUAUGUAAACAGGAUACAGUGUUUUUAUUAAACAUUUUUUGACUUACUCAAA